AUGGAAUUUGGCGACUGGAGAAAAAGUAUUGUUAACCAAUUACAAUUAAGAAAUAAGUACGAAACUGCAGCAUUUCAGGAUAUAAUUAGUUUUCAAAGUAGACUGUUUGAUAAUGUCAACACAUUGAAAAAUGAAAACUUACAACUGACAUUAGUCAAUGAAAGAAUAAGAUACUCAAACACAGACAGUAGUUUAUCUGGGGGCGGUGGUGGUAUAAAUGAAAAAAUACAAGCAUUAGAACAAAAGAUAUUAAUUCAACAAGAAGAGUUAACAUCUUUGCAUAGACGUCGAGGCGAAAGUGCUCAACAAAUCAUUAAUCUUAAUGCACAAGUGCAUGAUCUAGAAAGGCAAUUACAAGCUAAAGAUGUGGUAAUUUCAGAAAACACAGCAAUUAUAGCAUCACUAAGAGCCGAAAUACAAAUGUACGAAAGUAACAUGGUUGAACUACAGGGAUUGAAUCAAGUGUUGAGAGACGAGCAUCAAGCUUUGCAAAUCGCAUUUGCUGCUAUUGAAGAAAAGCUGAGAAAAGCACAGGAUGAAAAUCGAUCGUUAGUGGAAAGAUUAAUAAAAUAUAAAGCCAAAGAUGCGGAUAAAAUGAACGAAGAAAACGAACAUUUUCUUAAGUCAAGCAACCCUACCGCGUUUUUCAUCAACACGUUUGGUAGAGUUAGUUUCGGGAAGAAGAGUGACAAACUGCGUAAAGAUUUGGAAGAGGCCGCAAGAGAAGGCGGCAGCCGGAGUAGCGGUGGGUCACCCGGAGGUUCGGCCGAUGACAAAAUCCUAGACUCUAUGCCGUUUUAUGCGACUGCGUUGCCGAACAAAGUAGCUGUAAGAUUUGACGCUCACGAUGGGGAAGUCCAUUCCGUAAAAUGGAGUCCUACAGACCGAUUGGUCGCGACUGGCGGUGCUGACAGAAAAGUUAAAUUAUGGGAUGUUUCAAAGUUAGGUGUAGUGGAAAACAAAGGCACCUUGGUGGGGUCGAACGCCGGCGUGAUGUCGGUCGACUUCGACUCGACGGGGGCGUACAUUGUGGGUGCGUCCAAUGACUUCGCGUGCCGGGUGUGGACGGUCUGCGACCAGAGACAAAGGGUGAGUUGUAGCUUAUAACUUCCACAGUGCGACCAAGAUCUUGUUGCGCGUGGCAGAAAUCGGAACCAAUUUUAGGAGCACUGCCCGCUCACGUGUUCCCUCCUUACAACCUGGGAUCCUUUAAAUGAAGCGUGAAAAAGCAACAU